UAUACAGAGUUGUGUCCUGAUAUGUCAAGAGCAAAACUUCCACAAAAUUUGAUUUCUUGAUGAUUUGAUAUUUUAUAAUAGUGAUUUUAUAAAUUUAAAUAAUAAGCUAAAAAGUGGAAAUGAAUGACUAAUAAGCCAAUAAGUGCUCCUCUGCUGUCAUCUACUGGUUAAAGUGAUGAUUUGGUGCCUUUUUUUCACCACGAGGUAUAUUUCUGUUUAAAGCAGAUCAUUUUAGAGCUUAAAAGAGCUGGAAAUAUUUGUGUGAAAUGCUUGAAAUCAUUGGAAAAAGCUUGAAUUUCUAUCUGAAAAGCCUGAAAUUAAUAAUAUCAAGUCAAGUUAAUAAAUAACCAAAAUGAACUGGGGUUGUUUUCGCAGCUGCGGUUGGCAGCAGAUGUUUGCUUGAGCUGCGCAUCAGAAGUGGAAACACGUUGUGGUUUAAUGUCUCUGCACUGAAAGGAAAUCUGCAGUUUGAUCAGUGCUUUUACAGACGAAAGACAAUGGAGAAGAUCAUGCUGUUUUGUGUUUUUUCAUACUUGAUUGUUCAGAUCAGCUCCAGCGAUGCUUCAGAACAUAAUGUGACUCUGUUAAGAUUUCAGCUGAAUGAAAGCAUCACUCUGAACUGCAGCAUGACAGACAAUCAUGUAAUAGCCUGGUAUCACCAGAAUCCAGAAUCUGGACAACUAACACUGCUGAUAUUUGCCUAUGUCUUCAUGAAAGAGACAAAUACGAUCAAUCAAAACAAAUUCCUGAGAGUUAAAGUAGAUAGAAGUAGAAACACAGCCUCGCUAGAUAUUACUGGAGUAAUGGAGUCAGACUCAGGUCUUUAUUUCUGUGGAACAAGAUUAAUGAAUUCAGACAUGCAGUUUGAGAAACCCAUCAGACUACAGAUCGAGGACAGAGAAGACAAAGUUCAGUCCAUCACAGAUCAUCCAGAGGAAGUUGAGAUCAAAGAUGAAGUGACGCUGACGGAGCGUGUGCUGAUGUUCAGUGGUGUUGGGUUGGCUGUGUUUCUGUGUUUUCUGGUUAUAAUCAUUGCAGGAAGAAACAUUUACUGUCACGGUUGGCGGAAAGGAUGGACCGCAGCUGAACAUGCUGGUCUGAAUGUUCAAAACUCACCUAAAUGACAUUUGUGAGCUUUAUAUUUGACUCUAUCACAAUAAUCAGCAUUUAUACUUUACACCAGACCGAUGUGAUUCAGAUGUGUUUCUGUCGGCCAGAUCUCAUAGACGUCUGUUUUAUCUGUUCAUGACACAAACUUCAAAUAAAAUGUCUUCAGUGUUAAAAGUGUUGUUGAGUUCUGAUCAAAUAAACAGCAGUAAAACUA